CCGAAGCGAAGGCAAGGGUUACAAAUUACACCUCACAUUUACAGUUGGCCGACACAAGGCCAAGGUGGUGUCGUGUUCUCAACACUCGCUCGCUCUCACACUCUCUCUUUGGAUUCCAUUUCCAAAACCAAAAUCCCCCGUUUCUCGAAUCUUCUUUUCCUUCCCAACAAUAUUGGCCUUCAAAUUUGUUGCAGAGGGUGAGGGCUGUUGUUUUCGGGUGAUCUUUGGUUCCAGAGGAGAACGAAGGAAUGGAAGGGAAGGACAAGAAGAAGAAAGAGGUGAUUCGGUUGGAACGCGAGUCUGUAAUUCCAAUUCUGAAACCUAGGCUCAUCAUGAAUUUGGCCAACCUUAUCGAGCAUAGCACUGACCGUGCCGAGUUUCUGAAGCUUUGCAAGAGGGUUGAGUACACAAUUCGAGCUUGGUACCUUCUACAAUUUGAGGAUUUGAUGCAACUUUACUCCCUUUUUGACCCUGUACAAGGGGCUAAGAAAUUGGCGCAGCAGAACUUAUCUCCUGAAGAAAUUGAUAUUCUUGAACAGAAUUUCCUGACAUACUUAUUUCAGGUGAUGGAUAAGAGCAACUUCAAAGUAACAACUGAUGAGGAAAUUGAUGUUGCUCUUUCAGGGCAGUAUCUGCUAAAUCUUCCUAUCUCAGUUGACGAAUCGAAGCUUGACAAAAAGCUUUUAAAGAGGUAUUUUGCAGAGCAUCCUAAGGAAAACUUGCCAGACUUUGCAGAUAAAUAUAUCAUCUUCCGACGUGGAAUUGGGAUUGAUAAGACUACUGAUUACUUUUUCAUGGAGAAAUUGGACAUGAUUAUUGCACGCAUUUGGGCAUUUCUUCUAAGAUUGACUCGGCUAGAUAAACUACUGGCCAAAAGGUCACGUGGACGCCAUAAGAAAGAUCCAAAGAAGAAUGAUGAGAUAAACUCUGAAGCAAAUCAAGAUGACUUAUGUGUUGAAAGGAUCCGGCUGGAAAACAUGGAAUUGAGUGUUCAGAACAUGAUGAGCAAAAAUACAAUUCAAGAACCUACAUUUGAUAGGAUAAUCGUUGUUUACAGGCGAGCAAGUCCAAAAUCAACAGAACGAGGAGUUUUUGUGAAACAUUUCAAAAACAUUCCAAUGGCAGAUUUGGAAAUAGUUCUUCCUGAAAAGAAAAAUCCAGGAUUAACCCCUAUGGACUGGUUGAAGUUUCUUGUUUCUGCUGUAGUUGGACUGGUUGCCGUGUUUAGUUCAAUUGAAAUGCCUAAAGCUGAUCUUUGGGUCAAUUUUGCCAUCCUCUCCACAGUUGUUGGUUACAUAGCUAAGACUUACUUCACAUUUCAGCAAAACAUGGCCGCAUAUCAAAACUUGAUUACACAAUCGAUGUAUGACAAACAACUAGAUAGUGGAAGGGGCACUCUUCUCCACUUGUGUGAUGAUGUGAUUCAGCAGGAAGUGAAAGAGGUAAUAAUAUCUUUCUUCAUAUUAAUGGAACAAGGCAAAGCUACUUUGGAGGAUUUGGACCUCCGGUGUGAGGACCUGAUAAGAGAAGAAUUUGGUGAGAGCUGUAAUUUUGAUGUUGAUGAUGCAGUUCAGAAGUUAGAGAAGUUAGGCAUUGUGGCCCGGGACACUAUUGGACGGUAUUACUGUGUUGGGCUUAAACGUGCUAACGAGAUUAUUGGCUCCACCACAGAAGAACUUGUCCUUAAGGCAAGACAAGGCAUUAAAGAUUCGUGAUACUACUUUUGGAAGAUGACAAAUAUACUCCGAUGUGCCCCUUUUCCCUGUCAAAUUUAAGCCCAUUAUUUCAUUAUUUCCUUCAGUAGAUUUGUUCUUUUGUUAAUUUAAUUUGUGUGAGUAAAGUUUAUCGUUCCUUUUGGCGGGAAGAGAGCACCCUCCAGCAACAACAGACAAACGUUCAGGAAACAAUUGGCUCUCUUCUUGUAUUUUGCUUGAUGACUAUUGUGUACAUAUUUCUUUCCUAAGCUAUCGAAUUUGGUAUAUUGUAAACAUAA